AUGGCUUUGGCCGGGCUGUUGGCCCUGCUCGCCGGCUGCUGCCUGGCAGCGGGUAGCGGCCCCGCCGAGGCGGCGGCGGAGGCGGCGGCCAAGGAGCUGGAGUGCAAGCUGAAGAGCAUCACGGUGUCGGCUCUGCCCUUCUUGCGGGAGAACGACCUCAGCAUCAUGCACGGCCCCUCGGCCGCCGAGCCCAAGCUGCUCUUCUCCGUCCGCAACGACUUCCCCGGCGAGAUGGUGGUGGUGGAUGACUUGGAGAACACGGAGCUGCCUUACUUCGUGCUGGAGAUCUCGGGCAACACGGAUGACAUCCCGCUGGUGCGGUGGCGGCAGCAGUGGCUGGAGAACGGCACCUUGCUCUUCCACAUCCACCACCAAGAUGGGGCCCCCAACCUGCCUGGCUUUGAACCCACAGAUGAGCCCCAGACUGAGUCGGCAGAGGAAGAGCUGAGGAUCCUCCACAUCUCUGUCAUGGGAGGGAUGAUUGCCCUGCUGCUCUCCAUCCUCUGCCUGGUGAUGAUCCUCUACACCCGCCGGCGCUGGUGCAAGCGGCGCCGGGUGCCGCAGCCCCAGAAGAGCGCCAGCGCCGAGGCGGCCAACGAGAUCCACUACAUCCCCUCGGUGCUGAUCGGGGGCCACGGGCGGGAGAGCCUGCGCAACGCCCGCGUGCAGGGCCACAACUCCAGCGGGACCCUCAGCAUCCGGGAGACCCCCAUCCUGGAUGGCUACGAGUACGACAUCACCGACCUGCGGCACCAUCUCCAGCGGGAGUGCAUGAACGGCGGGGAGGACUUCACCAGCCAGGUCACCCGCACCCUGGACUCGCUGCAGGGCUGCAAUGAGAAGGCCGGCAUGGACCUCACGCCAGGGAGCGAUAACGCCAAGUUGUCCCUGAUGAACAAGUACAAGGACAACAUCAUUGCCACCAGCCCCGUGGACUCGAACCACCAGCAGGCCACUCUGCUGUCCCACACCUCCAGCAGCCAGCGCAAGCGCAUCAACAACAAGGCACGAGCCGGCUCAGCGUUCCUCAACCCCGAGGGGGACUCGGGGACGGAGGCAGACACCGACCCCCAGCUGACCUUCUACACGGACCCCUCGCGGAGCCGGAGGCGCAGCCGAGUGGGUUCCCCCCGGAGCCCAGUCAACAAGACCACGCUGACCCUCAUCAGCGUGACGAGCUGUGUCAUCAGCCUGGUCUGCUCCUCCCACAUGAGCUGCCCCCUGGUUGUCAAGAUCACCCUCCAUGUCCCUGAGCACCUCAUUGCUGAUGGGAGCCGCUUCAUCCUGCUGGAGGGGAGCCAGCUGGAUGCCAGCGACUGGCUGAACCCGGCCCAGGUCGUCCUCUUCUCCCAGCAAAACUCCAGUGGGCCCUGGGCCCUGGACCUCUGUGCCCGGCGCCUCCUCGACCCCUGCGAGCAUCAGUGCGACCCUGAGACCGGUGAGUGUCUCUGCUAUGAAGGUUACAUGAAGGAUCCUGUGCAUAAGCAUCUUUGCAUCCGGAACGAGUGGGGAACCAACCAGGGGCCUUGGCCAUACACAAUCUUCCAGCGUGGCUUUGACUUGGUGCUGGGGGAGCAGCCAUCUGACAAGAUCUUUCGGUUCACCUACACCCUGGGGGAAGGCAUGUGGCUGCCACUGAGCAAGAGCUUUGUCAUCCCACCAGCCGAGCUGGCCAUCAACCCCUCAGCCAAGUGCAAGACUGACAUGACAGUGAUGGAGGACGCCGUGGAGGUCAGGGAAGAGCUGAUGACCUCCUCCUCCUUCGACAGCCUGGAGGUCCUCCUUGACUCCUUUGGCCCGGUCCGUGACUGCUCCCGGGACAACGGGGGCUGCAGCAAGAACUUCCGCUGCAUUUCGGACCGCAAGCUGGACUCGUCCGGCUGCGUGUGCCCCACAGGACUGAGCCCCAUGAAGGAUGGCACUGGCUGCUUCGACCGUCACGUGGGUGUGGACUGCUCGGAUGGCUUCAAUGGGGGCUGUGAGCAGCUGUGCCUGCAGCAGAUGGUCCCACUGCCUGAGGAGCCCCUGCUCUACAACAUCCUCAUGUUCUGCGGGUGCAUCGAGGACUACAAGCUGAGCACGGAUGGGCGGUCAUGCCAGCUCAUCUCGGAGUCAUGCCCUGAGGCUGGGGACUGUGGGGAGCCCCGUGAGCUGCCCAUGAACCAGACCCUCUUUGGGGAGAUCUUCUAUGGCUACAACAACCACUCCAAGGAGGUGGCUGCGGGGCAGGUGCUCAAAGGGACAUUCAGGCAGAACAACUUUGCCCGGGGCCUGGAGCAGCAGCUGCCCGAUGGGCUGGUGGUGGCCACGGUGCCCCUGGAGAACCAGUGCCAAGAGGAGCUCUCCGACCCCACACCUGACCCUGAGUUUCUCACUGGGAUGGUGAACUUCAGCGAGGUGUCCGGGUAUCCCCUCUUGCAGCACUGGAAGGUCCAGUCUGUCAUGUACCAUGUCCGGCUCAACCAGUUGACCAUCUCCCAGUCCUUCAGCAACGCUCUCCACUCUCUGGAUGGGGCCACCUCCCGGGGAGAUUUCGUGGCCCUGCUGGACCAGUUUGGCAACCACUACAUCCAGGAGGCAGUGUAUGGCUUCGAGGAGUCCUGCUCCAUCUGGUAUCCCAACAGGCAGGUCCAGCGGCAGCUCUGGCUGGAAUAUGAGGACAUCAGCAAAGGCAACUCCCCCUCGGAUGAGUCGGAGGAACGGGAGCGGGACCCCAAGGUGCUGACCUUCCCCGAGUACAUCGCCAGCCUCUCCGAGUCGGGCACCAAGCGCGUGGCGGCCGGCGUGCGGAUGGAGUGCCAGAGCCGCGGGCGCUGCCCGUCCUCCUGCCCGCUCUGCCACCUCGCCUCUGCUUCCGACGGGCCGGCCGAGCCCAUCCUGCUGGAGGUCACCAAAGCUGCCCCCAUCUACGAGCUGGUUACCAACAACCAGACCCAGCGGCUCUUGCAGGAGGCCACCAUGAGCUCACUGUGGUGCUCGGGCAGCGGGGACGUGAUCGAGGAUUGGUGCCGCUGCGACUCCAGCGCCUUCGGGGCGGACGGGCUGCCCACCUGCGCGCCUCUCCCACACCCCAUCCUGCGGCUCUCCACCGUUCACGAGCCCAGCAGCACCCUGGUGGUGCUGGAGUGGGGGCACUCAGAGCCCCCCAUCGGGGUGCAGAUUGUUGACUACCUGCUCCGUCAAGAGAAGGUGACUGACAGGAUGGACCACUCCAAGGUGGAGACCGAGACGGUGCUGAGCUUCGUGGACGACAUCAUCUCCGGUGCCAAGUCACCCUGUGCCAUGCCUGCCCAAGUGCCCGACAGGUUGUCCUCCACCAUCUCCCUCAUUGUUCGCUGCCUGGAGCCUGACACCACCUACAUGUUCACCCUCUGGGGAGUCGAUAAUACGGGAAGACGCUCCAGGUCCAGUGAUGUGACUGUCAAGACUCCCUGCCCAGUGGUGGAUGAUGUGAAAGCUCAAGAAAUAGCAGACAAGAUCUACAACCUCUUCAAUGGCUACACCAGUGGCAAGGAGCAGCAAACAGCCUACAACACCCUGCUGGACCUGGGUUCCCCCAGCCUGCAUCGAGUCCUUUACCACUACAACCAGCACUAUGAGAGCUUUGGGGAGUUCACCUGGCGCUGUGAAGACGAGCUGGGGCCCAGGAAAGCUGGCCUCAUCCUCUCGCAGCUGGGGGACCUCAGCAGCUGGUGCCACGGCCUCCUGCAAGAGCCCAAGAUCGGCCUCCAGCGCUCGUCCCUCAAGUACCUCGCCUGCCGCUACAGCGAGAUCAAACCCUACGGGCUCGACUGGUCGGAGCUGGGCCGGGACCUGAAGAAGACGUGCGAGGAGCAGACUCUCAGCAUCCUGUACAAUGACUACGGUGACAAGGACUACUGAGGGCUGUGCACCCCCUGCUCUCUCCACGGGUGUUUCUUGAGGGUUUUGUACACGGACUCCGGGGAGGGAGGGUGUUGCUGACGUUGCUGGAGGCAAAAAAUUCCCACCGAGGAGCGAAACCAGCUGCUCCGGGCAGGACUGACUCAGUGUUAGCUUCUUCUUCGACUCGGCCAAAAGCCUUUCUAGUUAGAAGUCUUGUGGGACCCAGUUUUCUUGGUUUUGGUUUUUUUAUCUUCAUUUUGCCAAGAGGUUCCUCAGCUCAUGGACCUGGGUGAAGCGGUGGAGAGGGCGGGUUGGGAGGACACGGCCCCCCCCCCCCUUCACCUGCCUCCGUCGUUGCCCUGACUGUGGGGACGUGGGUCACGGGAGAAACACGGGGACACAGCCACGAGGAGAGAGCAGGUGAUGCAGGUUGGGAAAAGAGGCAGGGCGUGAAGGUUGGGUUGAGAUGCCAGUGGUUUCGGCUGAGCAAAACAGCCACGAGGACCUGGGUGGGUUUAUUUUCACAACUGUAAAGCAUGAGGUCUGGGUGAGACCUGGCUGAGUGAUGGUGCCACUGCAGGGCGGAGUUGGAGCAAGGAGAGAGGGGCUAGGUGACCCCAUCUCCUCAGGUUCUCCUGCGAGGGGCACAGCCCAUGUUUGCCCCAAGAUGCAGAGUCCUUCAGAACGAAGGCAGCUUGGCCUCAGGUCAGCUGGACACCCCGACCUUCCUGUAGGACCAAAUUCCUAGGAAGUCGACUUAAAAAUCUCUUCCAUUAUGUUUUUGGGGUUUUUUUUUACCCUCUAUAAUAAAGACUUGGAGGCAAUGGCACAGGAGGCAAUGCCAGAAGACUGCUGAGGAUAGCCCCAGCCAAGACAGCAGCACCCAGACAGCUCAGCCAAGGCUGUCUUCUUCACUGGCCAUCCUGCAGCUGUGGCACAGUCCAGGCUCUGGCUGGUCCCCCAGGUCCUGGUCCUGGAGAGGGCUCGGUGACGUGGUGUGAUGGGCAGGCAUCUGGGGAUGUUGCUUGCCUGUGCUCAGGCUGACAUCUGCAGCUCUCAUCCAUGAGUCUUUAUUAAAGCAGAGAACUGGGGUUGUCCCGGGACACUGGGCUCAGUUCAGAGCAAGCUGUUCUCCAAAGCCCUGUUACCACUGAUGGUGCUGGAGGCAGCAAACAGCUUCUUUUUAACCUCAGCUUCCAGCCUGGUUUGCAGAGGAGGCAUCUCUGGACUUGCCAGCUGGGCACUUCUUGAUCUGGACAAGCCAGGAGCCCUUCAAUGUGGUUUUUAUGAUGCCUUUUCAGAGAGAAAUUUCCUUUUUGUUGUUGUUGGUUUGGUGGGUUUUUUUUCCCCAGCCUUGGCAGGAGCAAUCUUCAGCCUGUCUGUUAUGAUUUUCUGCCUUGUUCCUUCUGCCACCUGCCAAGGUCAAGGCUCCAACAUGAGCAAGGUGAUGAGGAGGAGGCUCAGAAUCUUCCUGCAGGACCACACAGUGCUUUGUUCUUCCCUUCUUACAGGCAGGCUUCUCCUCCAGGGACAUCUGGCCUGGCCCAGGGAGCUGCUGGGACACAGAGGCAUUUCUGUAACCAGUGUGUGUGGUUUAGGGGUGUUUGGGCAAACACUUAUUCCUUGCAAGAAGGAUUGUCUGCUGGAUCCUUUGUGGCUUCUUGUCACAUUAUUUUUGAAUGUGCCUGAUACUGCUGAAGGCUCAGACCAAGCCCAGUGCCAUCUCCACGUGCAGGUAGGCAUGGGCAGGUGAUCUGUCCCUGGCAGUGCUGAAGGGCAGGUUGGAUGGGGCUUGGAACAACCUGGUCUGCUGGGAGGUGUCCCUGCCCAUGCAGGUGGGGUCAGAACUAGAUGCUCUUUAAGGUCCCUUCCAAGCCAUAGCAUUCUGUGAUGGUGAUGAUCCACACUGAGCCAUUCCUCCUUUUCACGUUAGCCACUGGCAGCCUUGGCCAAGGGGCUUUGGUUUAUCCUUUUCCUUCUCCCAGCAGAUGCUGAACUCAACUUCCAGCCAGGCAACCAUCCAGGGAUGGACACAGGGCACCUCCACUCAGCCCCUCGGAGGGAUACUUGGACAAGGGCUGCUCUGGCCCAGGCACAAGCUGGUUGCUCACCAAGUCAUACCACUGAUGUGGCCUUUCUACAGAGCACAGACUGUUUUCCUGAGGGUACCAGACUCUCUCUUUCCUUGCUCACUGGGUGCAGCACCAGGGAUGGGAGCACUGAAGCCUUCCAGCCACUGCUGCUGGGAAAAACUCCCACACCCAGGAUGUUCACACCCACCGGGGGUCACUUCUUUCAUCCAGCCCCAAGGUUUGCCCUGGGGCUCUGCAGAUGUUAUCAUUCUGCUUCUGUGCUCACCAUUUCAAAGCCUGGUCAACCAAAACCCUGCAGCAGCAGCAGCAGCAGCCAGCUGAGCUGGACUCUGUUCCCCCAGCUUCCUCAUGGCCUGGGAGAUGGACCAUUGGGAGGGUGAGGGAAAGCCACCCAUCCAAGGUCCUUGGAUGGCACCUUUGCACAGCUGGACAGGACUCAGUGUCCCCAACCCGUGACAGACCACACAGUGGGCUGGUGGGGCUCUGUUCCACAUGGUUGUUUGCUGCACCUGCUGUGCCAGCAGGAUCUGCCAUCUGCUGGUCUGUGGUCACGAAGACCCUGCCUUUGUCAAGGUUUCCCAUCUAGAUCCUUCGGCUUUGCAACUCAGAAUUUUGCCCAGACUUGGAUUUUCUUGCCCAAAUCCUUCAAAUGAGACGUGAGCCCAUCUCCAACAAACCCUCAGACUGGAGUGGGGGGUUGCACCAGACCUGGCCUUGGUGAGAUGUGUUGCAAGGGGCUGGCUCACUGGGCACGGGCCAGCCUGAGGUGUUCCCCUCUCUGGCAGGGCUGACCCUCUGCUGCAGGGUCCUGCUCUGGGCUCUGCACAGUAUUGUCUCUCCUAGUUUUUCCCAUGCUGCCAACCACACAAAAGCUGGAGAAGACACCAUUUUCCAUCCAUUUCUGCAACCCCCCUCUCCUCCCUGCCCUCUCUUCUUUUUUCAUUUCUAGAUCAACGAGCGAUCAUUCACCUGAGAUGAACCUCUGGGUACUUUUUUUGUUCCUUUCCUUUACUGCACCUGUAUCCCCUGUUAAUACCUUUUACUUGUCGUGGAGUUAUUUAACAGAUAAAGAUGUUUAAGUCCUUUUCUUUACAAAGAUGGAGACACUUCAUGUCCCUUGAUGUUCUAUUAAAACUCUAAUGUGAUGUUUUAUUACUGUAGGCUGAAAGUAGGGUGCUUUAGGGUGAGAGAGCCACGUGGCAAGAAACACAAAACCCUUCCAGAUUACAUAAAUAAAUUUUAAAAAGUUAAAAAAAAAAAAAAAGAGGUUUUAAACAACAGCAACAACCACCAAAAAAAAAAUAAAUAUGAAUCAUUGUAACAUUAUGUAAAACUCCAGAUGAUAAUUUAACCGACUAUUAAAUGGAGCUGUUAGUAAUCUC